UUAGUAUGUAGUUCACUUACCAGUUUUCUGCCCGACGCCGAUGAAUUUGGAGAGUGCUUCGCAAAAUCUGAGUCUGAUUGGUGGAUGGUUUUGAAAAAGGUGAAUUCGCGUUUGCUCUGUCUCCUUCUGCCACCUUCAUCGAAUCAACAGUCGCUCUCCGAUAUUCAGUCGCGAACUCUUGGGAUAAUCAAAACUCAUUUUGAAGCAAUCUUUCUUAACUGA